AUGGCCCGCACCCGCAGGAAGUGUACGCUCGCUUUGGCGUCAAGGAUGGCCGAGGCACUCGCUAUCAUCGGGCUGGUAUCCAACAUCUUAUCGUUUAUCGACUUCGGCAUCAAACUCGCUUCUGAGACUCGAAAUGUGCGCGACUCCCUUCACGGUACAACUGCAGAAGUGCGAGAGCUGGAGAUUAUCGUGGAAGACGUCGAAAAAUAUCAUGCGCAAGUAGACAAGCUGCGAUCCAAUGGUCAAGAGCUUUCUGCGCACGAAAAAAGCAUCAUGGGCAUGGUAAAAAACUGCCGUAACAUAGCCGAAGAUUUGCACAAGAUCAUCGAACGACUACAUGUGCGCAAAGGUCGCUCGAAGACCCUUGAAAGCAGUCGCGUGCUUUUUCAAGGCCUCUGGAAACAACGCGACAUCGAGACUCUACGAGCAAGGCUUGAUGCGCUAGAUAAGCGUAUUCGGGUGAAUGUUGAACAAAUUAUCCGGAGUGAUCAUUACUCUUGGCUAUCAGCCAAACUAGACGCCUUGAAGACGGCUCAAGAUGCCUUAGCAAUCAGCUACGACGCUAAGCUGGAUCAGAUUCGAGACGAAAUACUCACACUCGUAGCACAAACUCGCACGAGCGAAGGCGCUACGCAUGUCGCGCAAUUGACUAGCCUGAAGACGAAGUUUGAUGCACUUGGCAAAGAGCACACGGCAUGCACCAAGCAAAUCGCUACUAUACGAAGUCUCUACUUCUCCGUCCUGCGCAGGCGGUGGAGUCAAAUACCGGAAGCUGAUAAAGCGUCAAACACAUGGAUCUUUGACAAAGCAUUGACUCCCUUCACAGUCUGGUUAGAGAGCACCGACGAACAUGAUGGACUUUUCUGCAUUACAGGCCGGGCAGGCAGUGGCAAAUCAACUCUGAUGAAGUUUGUGACUGAAAAUCCUCGCACUUUCGAAUGCCUUGAAGAUUGGGCAGGCACGACCAAACUCUGCACGGCGAGCUACUACUUCUGGAAUCAAGGCUACGAAAUGCAAAAGAGCCAAGUAGGACUUUUCCAAUCGUUGCUGUACCAGAUACUCAAAUCGGUACCCAGACUCAUCGAGAUAGUGUGCCCAAACCGUCUAGAGCACGAAGAGUGGGACGUGGAAGAACUGAAAGCUACUUUCGCGCGCAUCGCUAUCCAGAAAGAUUUGGAAGUCAAGUUCUGCUUCUUCAUCGACGGUUUAGACGAGUACAACGGGGCUGAGGAAGACGUUGUCAGUGCUCUGAAAUUCCUCUCUAUAUCGAAAGACAUCAAGAUAUGUGCCUCAACACGGCCUCGCUCAGUGUUCGAGAGGUAUUUCAACAACACAUCUCGCACGUUCGACAUUAAGAGCUUUACCAAAGAAGACAUGGGACGCCAUGUUCAGCGUCUCCUCGGGGAGAAUGAGAACUUCCAACGCCUGGCGAAUACCGAUACCACGUGCGUAUCAAUAAUGAACGUGAUUGCAGACCUUGCGCAGGGCGUAUGGUUAUGGGUCUUCCUCAUUACUCGUGACCUUGUACACGCUGUCGAUCGAGAUGAAGGUGUGGACAUGCUGUGGAAUAUCGUCAAUCUCUUCCCAGCAGAUCUAGAGGCGUACUUUGAGCGCAUGGUCAAGGCUGUUAAGCCUCAGUAUCUUGAAGAGAUGUCACAAAUCUUCUUGAUCACGGUCGAUGAGCUGCAACCGCUACCAUUAUACGCGUUCUCUCUGCUAGAACACCAACGCAAGAACCCCGCCUAUGCCACCAACCUCCCCAUACGGCCCAUUCGCGAAGACAAUUUGAAAAGUGAGUAUCCCAAGUGGAAGUCGCUCAUUCGGAACAGAUGUAGCGAUCUUCUCGUUGUUGAUGACCAAGAACAUCCCUGCUUCUCGGGUCCUACGGUCGACUUCCUCCACCGGACCGUUGCCGAGUUCUUGCAGGACAACUACUACCACCAACUACAGGCCAACUUGAAGACCGAGUUUAGCUCUAACUUUACUUUGUGCAACAUAUGCCUUGUCAUGCUAAAAUCACUACCGGAUAUGGACUACAGUAAUCGACUGUCGACCGGCAAAGUUAUGGGCUUAACGGAAGAGCUACUCUAUUACGCCUACGAAACCGAGAGAACCGACCCAAGCCCUACCUCAGCCCUAGUAGAGGUCCUCGAUGAGGUGGAUCGCGUCAAUACUCACCACGCACGUGGUACAGGGAACCACUGGACGCGGGCCCGCAUUGCAGUCGGCGAAAGUGGUUAUGAUAUGCAUCGUGAGGAAUACAACUGCAACUUUCUUGCACUGGCUGUACAAGCCCGCCUCGUCAAGUACGUUCGUGCGAAGUUGGACGCCAACCCAAACAAUGCGCGAAAGUGUGGGCGACCACUACUGGACUACGCGCUCCGUCCACGCCGAAGCACAAACAUCACCUAUCAAUACCACUCCAAGCGCGACGAUCCAAGUGUGAAUGUGGAUAUGGUACGGCUACUCCUCGAACGUGGGGCAAAUCCAAACCAGCCUGCCCGUCUGAACGACAGCAAGUCAGUUUGGCACCUCUUCUUACUUACAAUGGACAAGACCGUCUCACGGCCGCUACCUUCUGGAGCGAAUGGAACGAGGCCUCCAGCGGGUCUCAUGAGCGCUUGGUACCAGAGCUGUGAACUGCUCAUUCAACACGGUGCUCGAAGAUUUUCCCAUGUUGACGAGAAUGAGUUGAUAACAACGGAUCAUGGCAUCUUUAAUUGGGUCUUUGGGUCUCCGCGAGCUGAGGCCCUAGUGGCGCUUAUGGAUGAGAAGGAGCGGGAGAAACAGCAGGCAAAGGGCUCAUUCAAGUGCGACGAAACCAAGCCUGUAUGCUCUCGCUGUCGCUCCACUGGUCGGACAUGCGAGGGCUACGGACUGUGGGGUGGCGGAGGGAACACCUACGUUGAAAGAUACGGCCUGGUGUCAACAUCGAUCCAGAAACCUCCAACCAAAGUCCUGGGUGUCGAGGAACUCAGGUAUCUACAGUUAUACAGGAUCCGCAUCGUUCACACAACUUCCGGUUGGUUUGCAUCGAAGUUUUGGAACUCGAUCGUGCUACCAGCAGCGUCGUCAGAACCGGCGGUUCUUCAUGCUGCUGUUGCGCUGAGCGCUGCGCACAGAUGCAGUUUCGAUUCGGCACAAGCUCCGGAUGAGAGGGAAAAGUUCAUGCUUCAACAAUAUGGCAAAGCAAUCCAGUCGCUACAGCCGCUGUUGCGAUGUGGAGAUAAAGCCUCAGUCACAAUCAUAUUGGUCACCUGUCAGUUAUUUACCUUGCUUGAAUACCUCCGCGGGCAAUACCAAUUGGCCGAAUCACACUUACGGAACGGUCUAAAGGUCCUGAUGAACAUGACCACGAAGAAAGAUCGCUCGCACGAUGGCGUCCUUGUAAUCAAGCCGGCAUCAUAUGAAAAGAGCAUCGACCAAGGCAUCGUGCGCAGCUUCGCGACCCUACAUAUGCAAAAUAAUCUGUUCGGUUCCGGUCUGGAAGAUCUCGAUAUAUUUCUUCAGCCGAUAGAAAACACGAUACCAUACCCUACUUUUACGACUAUCGAGGAGGCGAAGGACGCUCUUGAUGUGCUAUUGCACGGCAUUGUUCUCAUAGCACAACAAUAUCGAAAGAUGGGGCCAGGCACUAAAGAUGAAAUUGCUGCGGUUACAGCAGGACAAGAAAAGAUCACGACCUCUCUUGCGAUGUGGUACGAUGCGUAUCUGAGCACACUUCCCUCGGUCGACAAACUAGCCCUAGCUGCUGGGAGGAGACCAGAUGAACUGUGGGCGUUCGGCGGGAAGACGCCGCCAGCAAAGCUUCCAACGGGCCGCGAACCAUCAGUCCUCAAAUUGCUACUCAUGUAUCAUGCCAUGGCGGGCAUAAUGUGCGGCUGUCUGCAAGUGCACUCUGAGCAGCACUACGAAAUGUAUACUCAAACGUUUCUCACGAUACUUGUGCAUGCCAUACACAUCUUCGAAGAGUACACCUUGGCAAAAUCCAUACCCGAUAACGUCAACCUCCACGAUUCGAUUGGCGAGUACGGCUUUAUUGCACCUUUGUAUUACACGGCUAUCAAGUGUCGAUACCAUCGCAUCCGCCUCCAUGCUAUUCGGCUCCUGCGGGUGAUCCCGCUGAAGGAAGGAACGUGGGAUUCUUUCACGGCAGCAAAUAUCGCGGAAACGGUUAUGGAGCUUGAAGAGCAAGAUACUCGCUAUGGGGAUAACGCUGGAGACGGCUUCUCUCUCUCAGAGAUACCCAAUUUGGAAGAUUCGUAUAGCUGGUCUUUGAUGCCGGAGCAUAACAUGUUCCACGAUGUGGAAGCAACGACAAGAGGAGAUCUCACGAACGAAGUCGUCGUCACAUGCAGAAGAUGGCGGCUGGACGGCAGCCCGGAAGUCAUCAAAUUUCACGCCAAUCCCAAACCCAGGCACAAGACCGACAAGAAGACACAUUCUUAUACCUGA